UAACACAUGCGAACGACUUUGUUUAUUUCAACGGAAAAUUGUAACGGUCAUAAUUCACAAAUCCUUUUCAAAUCUGUCUCUUCAGUCCUUUUUACAAUUUCUACAAUAGGAUACACUAGUUGACUGUGCCCUGUGGCAACUAGUGGACAAUAUUUCGUUCUCGAAUCCAAAGGAACAAUAUGGGCUCUUCAGAAAGCAAACUGAAAUCUAUCGAUGGAAAAGCUGGAAAAGUAAAGACUCCGACUAAUAGUCCUCCGUCCACGCCAAUUAAAUGCAUUAAUUCAAAUUCUGAGGAUGUUUCUCGCCUAGACCCCAGGUCACCAAGUGACGAUAUUUUUCGAACACCCAUAGAGAUACCGAUACAGACAAAUGACAAAGCCAUGUCACACUUGAAACAUGUCGUAGAUCCCCGUUCACCAACUGAUCAAUUCGAAAGAACUCCAAUCAUUAUCAAGGAUAAUCAAUCCAAAUGUCCAAAAAAACUGCAUAAUAAAAUACUAGACAAUGCUCGAAGAAACAUUAGUUACUCUCCUACUCUGUCAAGCAAAAAUAAAAAAGACUGUGAUUCUGCUCCAGUAUCGCCUCCAAAGCUCAUUAGUAGUGUUCCAACAUUCAAAAAAUGUAAUGAGAAAAGAAAAUCUUUUGUGGGAUUAUUGGAGACGAAUAUUGAUUUCACAGAAACAAAUUUGGAUGAUUUUGUUAAAAAUAAGUCAUUAGAUAAGAGUUUGACUAUAAGCAUCAAUGAAAUUCCUAUGUGUGAUAUUGUUGAACAUAAGAAUUGUGAUCCAAGAUCUCCAAGUAAAGAUAUUCUCAGAACACCCAUACAGAUAGUUCAAAAGAUUGGUGAAGUUGAUUUCAACAAUACGACUGAUCAGUGCCAACUGAAAGAAGUUGCAGAUACUGUAGAAUGUGACAAUUCUGAAUCACUUCUGAAACUGGCUGGUGAGAAUAACCAACUACAAAACACCGAAGAAGUAGAGGUUCAUCCUCACAAUAUAGAGGCAAUAGACGUGGCAAUUGAAGAAAAUGUAGCUCCUCAACUGAGUGAUGCAAAUCCUAAAGAUGCUAAUAUUUCUGAAAAUGUGAAUGAAAUGCCUCAAUUAGAAAUUGAGUCACUAACCACAAAUGCAGCUAAUACUGAGCAAAUAAUGGCUGAUAUAGUUGAAGAUCUUAUCGGAAAUAUUUCUGUUCUCACCACUGAGGACACCAAAACAGUUCCUCAUAUUGAUAAUAAUGAUUCAAAGGAACCAAUCAUUGAUUUGACUGCUGAUGUUCAAGAGUUUGAUAAGAAAUUGACAAAAAUAAUUCAUGAGAAUAAUGAAAAUUUCUCCUUCAAAAAAAUAAUUUCAAAAGAAUAUUUGAACGAUAAAAAUCAAUCAAAAAAACGUACUCCCAUGAAAGAUAGAAAUCAAAUCUCUGAACCAAAAAGAAAUAAACUCAAAGUUAGUGAUAAACCUACAAAACUCAAUUAUGAUAUUAGUAAAAUCCCUGUCUUCCGAGACAAAAAAGGACUUAAGACUAAGGUACAAUGUGAGAACACUCCGCCAACUGAUAGUACCAUUAGGAGACGGAAGAAAUCUCAUCAACCAAAGUGGGACUCCGACAAAACGUUGGUCAUAUAAACUGAUUUUGAACUAGUUCAGAUUUUAGAAUUGUUUUUGUUGAUGUACCUACUUGUGUUAUGAUCAUAACCAAUUUUGAAGAUGUGAAUAGAUUUUAACUUGCCAUUGAUUCAGUUACCUGAUAACUUCUAGGUGUUUUGGAUGUAAUUAGAUGAGGGAAUAUCUUUGUACAUAUGACUAUUUAUUGAGCUUGACUUUCUUUCACUUUCAAAAUCUCAAUGAAUCAAAUGGAAUACGAUAAUUGUCUUCAAAGUUUAUACCUAUUAGUAAACUUCAUUCUUGUUAAUUUUCUUAUGUUCCUCUUUCUAUGAAUAAAAAUGUUUUAUAAAAAGAA